AGCGUGCAAUCUUGGACGGCGGAGCGCUGGGGCAAUGUUGUAGUUCGCAGGAGCCGCCUGCAGCUGGACGCGAAGGGAACUGCUCGCUUUUGCUUCCUGCCUGACUUCUUGUUCAGGUUUUAUGUUAAAAAACAAACAAACACUCAACACGGUGCAGUGACGUUGACCGGCUACCCCGGGGCUGUUGGAGAUACGAGGCUCUCCCCCGUGAUGCUUGACUGCGCCGAAGAGUGAAACGCAUUCCCGGAGGAGUUCAAGGCUGCUGUCCAAACCUUUUUUUAUGAGAAACCAACGCGCUCACGCCACGCCGGUCAAGAUGGACGCCAGCUUUUCUUGCCCUCGCUGGAACAACUUGGAAGAAAGAUGUGUGUCGCCAUGGUGAUCAUUUUCAAGAAAACGCUGGAAAAAAAGGGCGCCGAUGUAACAUCCAAAAGCACAGAUUUGGGCCCGUUCCAGGCACAGACCAUGACCCAGGGAACUGCCCUUUUCUCUUGUGGACUCAUGGAGACGAGCCGGUGGCAUGAGUUGGGUCACAGCUGUGCUGUGCAGCCGAGGCCGGUUGGCACCAGCCUGGAGAGCCUGUGGGACGUCCUGCCCGAGGUGCACGAGAGCUCUGCGCACUGGGACUGGGACGUCGGCUCCACUUCGACCACCAUCUCCAGCUUGUUACACGACCUCAGCCUAACCGAGGCCGCGUCCUCGCACUCCACCGCGCCCCCCAGCAAGCGCCAGUGCCGGUCCCUGUCCUGCUCGGACGAGCCGGCCGGCUGCCGCUCCGCCUGGCGUCCUCAGGGCUCCCGAGUGUGGACGGCGGUGGAGAAGCGGCGGUGCCACAGCGGCGGCAGCGUCGUCCAGCGCGGCGCCGUGGCCAACGCACAGCUGGCCUUCCCGGCCAUGCAGCGCAGCUCCAGCUUUUGCCUGCCUGUCCGCGCCAACGCCCUGGAGCUGCCCUGCUUCGCCGGGCAUCUCCCCUGCCCCUCGGCCUUUCGGGGUCUGACGCCUUCCUCCUCCGUGGCCCUCCCCCCGGAGCCCUCGGCGCAGGCCCUCUACCUCUCUCACGAACAGAUCUGCCCCGCCGAGCCCCGCGGACCCUCGCCGGCCACCUCCCCGGACUCCACGCCGGAGUUGGAGCGCCGCGGCGGCGAGGCGGGCCUCGCCCGCAGUCGCUCGCAGCCGUGCGUCCUCAACGACAAGAAGAUCGGCGUGAAGCGCAGGAGGCCGGCCGACGGGCACAGGCCGUCCUUGGACCUGGCCAAGAUGACACAGAAACCUUGUCGUUUCCACAGCCUCAGCUGCCCCGGAAUCACAGGCGAAGACGUCGCCGCCGUCACGAGCAGCGCGGGCGGCCCGCGGGCGGACCGACACGGCGGCCUGGGCGAUGACGCCGAGCCGCGGACAAAAGGGGCCGAGGAGGCGGACUGGUCGCCCGGCAUGACCAACGGGAAGGACGGCGAGCCUCUGUGGGCGGGGCUGUGUAGCAUGAGGAAGGACGUGUAUCAACUUGGAGGCGAGAUCGACAUCGAGCAAAUUGAGAGGAACUGAGCCGGGGCGUCUUCCUCUCCAGGGGACUGAAAGUUGAUUGACAGGUGGUACAGGAAGCAGUACUGAUAGUCUUAAGUAAAAGCAAGUGGAACGCUAACGCAGCGACAGCGUUCCAGCACUAGUUUUUCUUCUUUUCUUUUUUUUUUUCCCAAAAGGAGAGAAGCUUUUGGAGGCUUUGUGUAGUAAGAAGCUACUCCCACACUGCGUUAUCUCAACCGUGUCUCAGGAGAACAAGGAAGUAUGGGAGAACUGAUUCUGGGUGGAGAUGAUGGAUCUGAUGAAUAUAAAAAUGAUAUAUUAUUUUUGGCUUAGAGACUGGGGUUCAACAUUUCGCUGUAACCCCUCCGAUUACCUUCAUUCUACUGCGUUUGGAGAGAAUUCACAGCAGGUUUGUAUCAAUUCUCUGCACUAGAUAGAGUUUCCGUUCCUCUUCAAUAGUACAUGAUGGACAGAAAUGAAGACUACUUGGAGAGCUACAGUUAGUAAAGCCCCUUUCACUCUUACUGAGCAACAAGCUGCAGCCACACACGACCUGUAAAGUAUAUUAAAGAGCUUAACAUUUCACACAGUAACAUCAGGCUUCUCUCUGAGGUGAGUUUGUGUGAGAAGAACUUUGUGAUUCUAAUAGUGUUAAUAUUCUUUUUACAAUUUGUAAUUACAAAGUUAUGUAAAACAUAAGCAUAUUUCUAUACAAAUAAAACACAGCUUUAAAUGUG